AUGUACAACGAAAGCUACCAAUCUCCACUCGCUGGUACGUGCUUGAUAUCGACCAAGUCCCUUGCAACACACCGCCCGGAUAAUUUCAACAACGAGCGUCUCGAUUCGUCCAAUUGCCGAUGUCAUUUAUUGGGACAUCGGAGGAGCUGCGCGGGAACGAGUCCUCCAAGAAGUCAAUUCCUGAGGCACUUCGAACACCUUCCCUGGCGCGCUGUUCUGUGGCUUGGACCAGUCAUUGAGCAGCGACGGAACGAUGAUACUUGCUCUUGUUACAGACCAUUAGCAUUUACUGUUGGGUAUGGAUUCGGAUUUGCGAUGACAGUACAUCGUUAUUGUCCGUUCAGAAUUGAGCUAGCUGGCUCUUUUCAGAGAAAAUGGAAAGAGCCUAGUCUAGGCUUUUCUACCCACUGGAACUUGUCGCUACCGAGGAUUCUACCCUGGGAGUCGGAGAUUGUCCGUUUGGCUUUGGUGGGGGAUGCAGAUGCUGUCAAAACGAGCUUGCAUACCCUGUUCUUAACGCCUUUCGAUGUACUACCAAACGGUUCAACUCUUUUACACCUUGCUGCCUCGCAAGACCAGUUUCUCUUGGUGGAAUAUCUCCUUCGAAAAGGUGCCAAAGUGAAUGCGAAGAAUGACUUCGGAGAAACUCCUCUCCACUGUGCCGUCUCACUGUCGAAGGACUACCGGAUAUGCCAGAUACUCCUUGACAACGGUGCAGAUCUUGAUAACGAGGAUGCUGGUGGCCACACGCCUCUACACACCUUCUUCAGCCCAGUGGUUGAGCAAGUCUUACGCUAUCAUGGAUCGUAUCUUGACUUUUCCCAGCAAGACAACAGGGGCAGGAAUUUGCUGCACUACCUGGCUUGGUCCAGCAAGACCACUGGCGAUCUCUUCGGACUGUACCACAAAUCCAGCAAAGUCAAUCUUCACAUAGCUGAUGCGGAAGGAAAAUCAAUGUUACAUUUCGCUGCACAACGAGGCAACAGAGCCAUUAUUGAAUAUAUUUGUGACUCGGUCCUCAGCUUCAAUAUCAACAGCAGAGAUAUAUAUGGUAAUACAGUCAUACAUUACGCGGUUGAGAGCAAGCGCGCCAGCAGCAUCAUUCCGAUGCUGGUGACCCAAGGUGCUGACAUCUGGGCGAGAAACCUCCACGGGCAAACCGCUCUGCAUCUGGCCGCGAGACUGGGUAGAUUAUCUACUGUGCAAGCACUGUUAGCACACGGGCCUACGAACUUGUUACGCGUGAAAGACAUAUACGGUAUGACUCCAAUACAUACGGCGGCUCAACACAAAGCCGACACUGUUUUGUCUUGCUUAACGGCCGUGCAACAGCCACGUGAUCUGGUCCCCGAAAACACCGACGACGAGACAGUAGCCUCUGGUAUAGACCUGGACGGCUCUGACAAAAUUCCCGCAUUAGUAACUCGAUCUCAAGACUAUGCGCUCCCAUCAAGGUUUCGGAACGGCGAUUCCCGAUCAACCGCUGCAGACUCUAUGGGUUGGACAAGACCUUUAUCGAAGUCAAGCUUCGGAAACCCGCAGGCCUAUUGGUGCAUCCCAAAACAGAUGGACGAAGCAGAUGACUUCUCAGUCCUUAAGGACAAGGCGAGCAGGCGGACUAGAACAGGUGCUCGGACAUUCUUGAUGUUCUUUGUCCUCCCCAAGCUCUCUCGUUGUCCCAGCUCAUAUUCAGUGGUUAAGAGCUUUGUUGAGAAGAAACGAGAACUUAGAAGAAGCAAAGAGGAAGCCGCCGAAGACCGAAGCAAGAUGAAUGGCAUCCGACGUACAGAUCUUAGUAGGAUGUUUCGAUCGAUAUGA